GUACAGUGUCACUUCAGGAGGCAAUAAUUAUAUAUACGAAAUCAAAUUUUAUGAUUACCGAUAUUCGAGUUAAUUUAUCGUCAAUAAACGCAUAUCACAUAGUGACCAACGAUAUUUCAAUAUAAUAUUGCGAUUGAUCAGAGACACGUCGUGUGGCUGACAUGUUGAGAGACAACGUAAAUGCGCAGGUGGCGUGCGCCGUACUGCUGCUGAUCGGAGCGGUGGUCGUGGAUAACGUCGGGGCGUCCACCAAGUACACGCUGCUCGGCAAGAACCAAAUCGAAGUGACAGAGUCGAUGGUGACGUGCAAGAACGGCAAGUCCGUGUCCGUGACCACCGGUGUGAAGGGCGAGCUGUACGCGCUGUCGACGACCAGGACGAGUUUCUCGGGCGACAAGUGGAAGAGGCGGAUGGCCGAGCUGGACAGGGAGUCGGACGACGAACAGGGGCACGUGGUGGCGUCCGUUUUCGGCGGGCCCGUUGAGACGUGGAACCUGGUGCCGCAGCACCGGAGCGUCAACAGGAAGAUCAACGCGCAGAGCAGCCUGCUGAACCGCUGGGACGAGUUCGAGAAGUGGACGCGCGAACAGCUGGGCAAAAAGAACGGCGCCCCGGUCAAAUUUACCAUCAAGAUAAAGUACGCGACCAAAAACGGAUGCAGGCCAAUCGGUUUUGAGAUCGACGCCACCAGCAAGGCGGGACCCGGGUUCCAGGGGAGAUUCGACAACGGUCCUUACGGGACUUUCGCCAUCGCCAGCAAUAAAUCAUCGAAGAAAAAGCCGUAAUGCAGACGGGACCUGAACCCAUGUGGUUUAUGUGAUGGUUACUGGUUCGCCAUCUUUCGUAAUGUUAUGUAAAAGUUAUAAUUUAAUUUUUUUUUACAUUUAUAUUAAAUUUUAAUUAUUUCAAUAAAUGAUUGUUUUUAGUUUUUA